AUGGAGAUUACCGCGAAACUUCGCCUGAGGAAAAAGUUCCACCUGAGAAAAGUACCCGGUAACCACUCUGGUGCGUCUAGCCGGGCGUACUUUAUCAGGGAUACCCGCCCUCAAACGCGCUGUUCCUCGAGACCAGCGUAUCUCGCGACACGUGCAGUGUCAAGCAUGUGCCGCCAGCGUGUCCCCGACCGCGCUCGGGAUAGGCGUGCGGCCGCAGCGCCGGCAGAACUGCUGAAACUCGCGGUCCGCCGCUCGCGCCCCGACGGGCGAGCGACCGCACCACGCGAGCGGUCCGAGACCCCCCGCGCCCCUAGUACCGGCCCCCGCCCCUGGACGCCGGAACUGAUUAAGGAUUCUCAUCAAAAUGACGACUUUCCUUCCGCGCUCCACGCGAUCGGUCGCGAUGCCGGGACUAGCGACUCGCUUGUCCCCCCCCCGGCCGGGCCCGCCGCCCGAUUCCGCUGCGCUUCAUUUCCCCAAGCCGCUGUUCCGCUUCUAAUCACUCGUAACUCCCGCCGGUUCUCUCACUCCGGGAUCGCUCCGCGGGCCACAUGGCCCCGGCCGCCAGCGCUUGACUCCCGCGCGACCCGUGCCGCGCCCGCCUCGGGGCACGCGCUGUGGUCCUCGACCCCAGCCGCCCCCCUCCCGCGCACGCGCCCGUCGCAAGCGGGCCGCGCCGUCUCUGCUUGUUCCGUUUCGUCUGGAUCCCGCCCGGGGCGCCUGGCGGCCCCGCCCGCCGCCCCGGAGAUUGCCGGGCCGCGCGAUCCCGUCCGCAGCGGUUUCCCCGAAGUCGCCGCAUGCACAAUCCGCGCAUACGCCGCCGGGCUCGGUGGCCCGCCCGGCUCAUGA